AAAGACUCAAAGCACUGCGGCGGAAGUAGAUCCAUGCAAUGCGACAUAAAAAUCUUCUCAAUUUCCGCUCGUACAUAUAGCAUCGACACAGCGGAGGCCAGCGCUAUCAAUUGAGCCUGGUAUAAACUCUAGCAAAUUGGUAUAUAUUCGGGUGUCUUUUCUCCAUACAGUCAGUUGCCGAUAAGGAGCAAAUCCCAAAGGAUGCUUUUUCUGAUUCUAACGUCUACGUUUUUGUUGAUGUGGACCCCUGCUGAGGGAAAGGACGUUUAUAUAACGAGAUCGAAUUCCCCAGUCUGUCCCCCGCGAGCUGUGUGUGGAGAUGUGUUUGAGUUUGACCGGAUGAGGGAUGAUGGGACAGUAGAACCAGAGGUGAGACACAUCACCAACUGUUUCUGUAACAACACAAGAUCCUGUAACUUCAACAGAGAACACAUGAUCUAUCAGAGCAGAACCCAGAGGGAGGUUGUGUGCGAGCCUGUCGACCUGUUUCCUAGCUGUAGUCCGGGAAAUAUCUCUCGUCGUAUGUAUGUGGACUCCAUGGACUUCAACUACAAAUCGUACUAUGAAAUAAGAUGCAUUUGUCCUUUGAACCUAGUACCAAGUUUUCGACCCGGCGUGAAGGCUACAGUGUAUCGUAACUUUCAGUUGAACGGCUUUGACAAGAUAUAUAAUUACAAGUGUAACGAGGAAGAAUAAUACACAAACGAUAAAAAGACUAGGUGAAGGUGGCAAAAACUAGGGGAGUUGUCGUCAAACAUGAUGGACAUUUCCAGAUUUUGGUGAAAAUGAUGGCAAUUUUUGUAAACUUAGUUUUGUUGUUGACAUUUUAUUGUUCAAUUUCAUUUGUGUACAUAUGACCACGCUAUUUCCAGCUGUACUAUACAUAAGAGUGGUAUUGCUAAGGAUCACUUUUUUGUAUUCACAUUCCUCUACAACAUAUGUAAGUAUUUCUACAGGCUAAUCUAAUUUUAAAUGCUUUUUAAACGGAAAGAUUAUUUUGAGAUUAAUCUUUCUCAUAGAUUAUCAUUUGAAAUGCUUUUUACAUGAACUUGAAGAAAAUUUUAUUUCCAUUGAAAUAUGGGAACUGGUCUUCGAAUAUUUUAAUAAUUUAAAACUUAUCCUAUUUUAUCUGCAUUAUGUCCACAUUUUAUUUUCUGUAUCAAUAAUCAUUAUCAACAUCAAAGCAAAAACUUAAA